AUGUUUGUUAGAAUUGCAUUUACGGAUACAGUACUUUGUAAUUGCAAUUAAAUGAAUGAUGGUAUCUUCUCAUAUUUGAGGUGCACUUUCAAGCAAGAUUCAUCAAAACCUGAUAAUGUUUUUUUGGAUGACAUAAAAGCCUGCUUAGACGGCUUUAUAGACAUUAAAACGGGAAAAUGUGUGACUAACUGUGGUAUUGGAUAAUAUGGGUAAGUAAGCUAUGGAAUGAGAGGAAUGAUUGAGAAAACAGUUUGCCUAGAUUGGGUACUACCUAUAAGUUACAAAUUAAGAUAAAAGAACUGGAACUUGCAAAUUAAAGUCAGGGUCUUUUGA